AUGGCGACGCUGGGGCUGGACGAUGAUGAGCUCAAGGCGGUUGAGCAGACGCUGGCUCGGCUGGCGCAGCUCUCGAGCAGCAUACAGAGUCUGAAAAUGGACAUUCUUAAAAGCAAUCCGCUUCCACACCCCUCUUCAUUACAAGCCUCCGCCCAGAUCCUCCAGCGCAAUCUCCAAACGGUAUUAGACAACCUCAGCGAGAACUCGGAGCUCUUUUCACGAAUUGCCGUGCAUCCGUCGACAAAUUACCCCGGACGGACGCAAGAGAAUGUCUUGACGCAGCUGCUGCGUAAGAAGCUGGAGCCCGACGUGGAGGAGCUUGUCGAGCAAGGCCGAGAAACAGCACGCCUGGCUACCCCCGAGGGCAUUGCAGAGCUACAGGGCAUAUGGGACGAGUUGCGCGAGUGGACACACGACAGGAUUGCCAGUUACGUGAGGGAUGAGGCUGGAGACGUCUACACAAAGGAAGAGAGGGAGAUGGGCAUCGAAAAUGUCCGUACGGGACUAAAGAAGGGCCUGGAUGAGGAAAGCGACGAGGAAGAGGACGAAGAGGAGGAGGACGAAGACGACGAAAACGAAGAUGCCAUGGAUGGGGUCACGAAAUCAGCCGCGGUGGCGAGAGGCCCAGAACCAGAGGCGCUCUUGUGGUUUGCGUCUCGGGGAGAUUUCGAUGUGCCGCGGAACGUCGAAUAUGAGCGGAAAGUUGGGGGGAAGAGGGGAUAUGAGGGAGUGAAUAUACCACCGGGCUCUGGGUCUUCCUAG